AGAACAUCGAGAUAGAAUUGUGGUGAUAUAUGACCAGGUAGUUUGUGCAAAUGUCGUAUUUGUGGAGUUUCCUCUUUUGAAACGUGCCGAUGAGAAUCUUGCCUGACUCCUGCUUUGUCUCAACGCUUGUAGAAUAGAAUAUUGACGAGAGCAAGCUCUAUGGAUAGACAAAAGAGUGCCGCACGUCCUCAGGCAGAUUCUGACGAAGAUGAAGUGCCUUUGGCAGUCAGCCUCUAUGACAACGGAGGAAUCGAUGCUUCGCCAGUGAGUGAUGAUGUUGCAUUGACGCAUGAAGAGAGUCACAAAUUCCAGCCCGUGCCUGCUACCAUCAUAACAGGCUGUCUUGGGGCAGGUAAAACCACCCUUGUGCAUUACAUACUGAAAGCAGAACAUGGGAUGAAGAUAGCAGUGGUGAUGAAUGAAUUUGGAGAGGAGCAGGGGUUGGAGAAAGAAAUGCUGUUUCAGCAGCAGGAGGCAGACCUCUUUUCCUUAGGGGAAUGGGUUGAGCUCGCAAAUGGUUGCCUUUGUUGUAGCGUCAAGGAUGACUUCCUCCGCGCUCUGGAGGCCCUUAUGGAGCAACGCCGCAAUUUUGAUCACAUCCUCAUCGAGACCACAGCAGGUCUGGCAGAUCCGGGGCCGGUGGCUGCAUCUCUGUGGACAGAUGUGGAGCUCCACAGCUCCAUCUGUCUGGAUGCCAUCAUCACUGUUGUGGACGCUCUCAACCUGCAGAAACAACUACUGGACCGCCUGCCCACCGAAGGCAUCAAUGAGGCCGAGCGGCAGAUCGCAUACGCUGAUGUCAUUCUGCUGAACAAGGUGGACAUGGUGGAGACGCCAGAAGAUCUGAGCGCUACUGAAGCGAGAAUCAAGGUGAUCAACUCAGAGGCAGUCCUCCUGCACACCCAGCACUCCCGUGUGGACAUCAAGGCAGUGCUUGACAGGGGGAUGUACAGAGAUUCGUUGUGGUCGGAGAGAUGGUCAGAUCCUGACAGCAAUGAGGCCAGCAAUGUGAGGGAAAUUGACCACUCCCAUACAGAGCGUGCAGGGAUCACCACCCUGACAUUACGGACAGACCUCAGACUAGAUUUGGAAAGGUUCAAGCGGUGGAUGGAAGAUCUGCUCUGGGAUGACGGGGAUGGAGGGGCGCCCAGAUCUGAGAUACUCCGCAUGAAGGGCAUUGUGCACGUCACAAAGAGCGAUGAACCACACCUGGUGCAGGCGGUCAGGGAACUCUACGACAUCACAGAGGCACCCCACAGGUCACCUGCAGGUGCAGGUUUGAGCCAGUCACGUGUCGUGCUUAUAGGUCGCAUCAAGGAUCCUUCGGCACUGCACGCAGGAUUUGAGCACUGCCAUGAUGAAGGAGGGCGUGUGUAA